GCCCAGUCACCGCCCACUCCGCGUUUAGUGAAUCCUUUAACCACCUUCUUGGUUGAGGGCGGAAGCGAGGGCUGCGUAUCGCAGGCUGCGCCCGCAGAGUCUCCAGGACCCACGUGGAAGCGGCGCUCAGAAUGCUGCGCCGUGAGGCCCGCCUGCGCCGCGAAUACCUGUAUCGCAAAGCCCGCGAGGAGGCGCAGCGCGUCGCCCACGAGAGGAAGGAAAAGGUGCGGCGCGCGCUCGAAGAGAACCGCCUGAUCCCCACCGAGUUACGCAGGGAGGCUCUGGCCUUACAGGCGUCCUUGGAGUUUGACGACGCUGGCAGUGAAGGUGUGACGAGCCACGUGGAUGACGAAUAUCGAUGGGCAGGUGUCGAGGAUCCCAAGGUCAUGAUUACUACCUCCCGAGACCCGAGUUCCCGCCUCAAGAUGUUUGCAAAGGAGCUGAAGUUGGUGUUCCCGGGCGCCCAGCGCAUGAACCGGGGCCGCUAUGAAGUGGGGGCGCUGGUGCGAGCCUGUAAAGCCAACGGGGUUACCGACUUGCUGGUUGUCCAUGAGCAUCGCGGCACACCUGUCGGGCUCAUUGUCAGCCACCUGCCCUUUGGCCCCACUGCUUACUUCACACUGUGCAAUGUGGUUAUGCGGCAUGACGUCCCCGACCUGGGCACCAUGUCAGAGGCCAAACCUCACCUCAUCGUGCAUGGCUUCUCCUCCUGCCUGGGCAAGCGGGUCUCUGACAUUCUUCGUUACCUGUUCCCUGUGCCCAAAGAUGACAGUCACCGCAUCAUCACCUUCGCAAACCAGGAUGACUACAUCUCCUUCCGGCACCACGUAUACAGGAAGACGGACCACCGUAAUGUGGAGUUGACUGAGGUUGGGCCUCGCUUUGAGCUGAAGUUGUACAUGAUCCGCCUGGGCACGCUGGAACAGGAGGCCACAGCAGACGUGGAGUGGCGCUGGCACCCCUACACCAACACUGCACACAAGAGGGUCUUUCUGAGUGCUGAGUGAACGCACUCUCCAGUCAGGAUGUGGACUUGGACCCAGGAGGUGGGGGAGGUCAGAAUAAAGUCUCUGCCAUACCACC